AUGCUUUCACCCAUCCUCACAACCCUCACACUCCUCCUCUUUUCCCUCUUCUUCACCACCGCAACACCCACCGACCCCGACCCCGACCUCGCCCUCGACACCCGGCAAGCAGACUACACAUGGCACAUCUCACAAUUCCAAGCCCGCUGCGCCAACGGCGUCUGCCACUACCAAAUCGUCGUCGAGGCCGGCCGACGAGGCGAAAUCCCCGGCUUCAUGGCCACCUGCGUGGCCGACAACGUCCCGCGUGCGAGCAAGGAGUUCCGCAACUGCAGCGUCAAUCGUGGCAACCUCGAGGGCGUGCAGAGCGUGAAGGCUUUUGUGGAGUUAAGGCCCAGAAGGCCGAAUGUCGAGACGAGGAUGGUGGUUGAGAUGGGGUAUAAUGAUCGGGCGAGCGGUGGUAGCACGGUGACCUAUUGGCGUGGGAGGCAGACUGGGACAUACCAGACGUUCCGAGACUUGAGCCAGGCGGGCAGCUUCGACGUCGUGCCUUUCAGGUACGCCGCCGUUGCUUGA